AUGCAGACUUUCUCUGAUAGUAAAAUUAAUAAUGAUUUAAAACGUCCAAUAAUAACAGCAGAUACCACGUUGAAAAAUUCAUCAGCAAAUAGGAAUACAGGAAUUCUUGCUGGACGUUUGAGUCAACAAUCAAAUCGUGCCUUGCUCAAUUGCUCAGACGACGACACUCGUACCCAAACGUCUUAUCAUUGGGAUUGUUCAGAUUGGGCAAGACGUAGUCAGAACCCUCUUCCUGAUAUAACAGAGUUCCAGGGGGUGAAAUGCCUGAUUCUUCCAGUUUCACAGCAAUGA